GAGACAGAAAGCAGCAGCAUGGGUGAGAGUGCCAGUGACGUUACCAGCUCCCUUCAAGCAGAUCUCUCCAACCUUGUGAUCUGGGCACACACUCAUGGGACCAUAUGCAACCAGAUCCCAGCCCUGGAAUUUAUGCAGACCAUGGGCAAUGACAAUGCUGUGCUGUGGAUGUGCAGAGUCGGACAUGCCUAUCACUGGCACUGUGGGAAGUCACACAGCAGAGGUGAAGAAGAGACUGAGGCUGUAGGAAGGACAAAGAGGGUCCUGUCUUCUGAGUCUUUGGCAAGGGAAUCCAGCUCUGAGGAAAAGAGGCUCAAGCUGACCCCAUCAUCUUUUGAGAUGGAUCAAGCAGAUUCUGGGAGCACAGAGUCAUGUGGCAGAUCCCAAGGGGUCACUGAGCAGAAGCCUGACAGUGCCUACACAAGGAAUAACAACCCCAGCGACAGUCAAAAUACCAGGAAACCCAUAACAUCAUUCUCUGAAGCAGAGCAGCACUUCUCAGUGUCUGGUAGUGGAGUCCGAAGUGGUGAACAGGACAUGAAGUCCGAAAGUGACGAUGUCUUACAGAUCAUCUCUGAUGAAGAGCAGUGUGAGGCAGAUGAAGACAACCAAGGAGACAGAAUCAGCCAGAAUAAUGUGUCAGAGCCAUCUGCUGAAGAGCUGCAGUUGCCCCACUGCCAGAAGAUUGCAUUGGACCAGCCAACAGCCUCCCAGAGGGCUGCCUUUGCCCCCAGGGCAAAGCCACCCCUAGCCCGUGCCUACAUUCUGCAGGCUCCUGCCAGCGACUUGGAGGACCCAAGCGGGAACAUCCUGAAGCUGAGUUCUGCUGCUGCAGGGCCCAAGGCUGAAACUUCUAGAGCAAGGAGCCUCCCAGGGUCAGCAGCACCAAAGGUAUGUUUCAAAUCCCUUCCUGUCCCCAGCACUGAAGUCAGGGCCCAACCUGAAUCACCGCCCUCGGUGAUAUUCUUUGAGCUCCAAGCCACUGCUGCUGUUCAGCAGCCUCUCCAGCUGAGCCCUCCAGAGUAUGGAACACCAAGAAUGGGCUCCAGUGGGGACAGUGCUGAGAAUGUGGGUGAUGACAGUGAGACAUCAGGAUCCAGGCAGACACCUUGUUCUUCAGCCUUCCAGAGUCCAGAGAGACCUCCACCUGCAGCCCCAGAUGGAGAUGUGCUGAAGAAGCAGAAGAUAAGGAAAAGCUACACCACUGUAGACAUAAGAGUGUUUAAAGUGUGGCUGAAUUUGCACCACCCCUCUGAGACACGCAAGAUCCACAUGCUGCCUCCUGCAGACCUCGACCGUUACCUGGUCUCGUUCUUCAGCUCUGCCAAGAGACAGAAUGGCAUGGAUUUUUCUGCCAGUUCCAUUAACUUCUUCCAGUGCAACAUCGACCGGUACCUCAAGUCCCAUGGCUACCAGUACAACAUAUUGAGAGGGCCAGAGUUCAGGGCCUCUCAGGAAGCCUGUAAAUUAAAGCAAUGGAGCCUGUCCCAAAAGGAGAAGGAGGAAGAGUGGAGUGUUGUGGAGAACCUGACAGAUGAAGAUGUGGAAAAACUUCGUAAGAAGGGAAUUUUAAGCAAGACGCAUCCUCAUGGCUUGCUGCACCUCAUGUUGACCAACCUCAUUAGGGGGUUUGGGGCAAGCACCCACCACCAUCCCCACCAGUUGUACUGGGGACAGGUGGUGCUGAGGAAUAUCAUAGGAGAGGUGGAGUACUUGGAGUGGAAGGAUGAUCUGAGCCCUGGGGGAAAAAAAGGGGAGCUAUACCCACAGCUCUUUGCCAAGCCUGAGGAUCCAGAGAGCUGCCCAGUUGCCAGUUACAAGGAGUAUGCCAGGAAGAGACCUCCAGACAUGCUGAGUGACAACCACCCUCUUUACCUGUAUCCCAAGUCACUGUGCUCCAUCUGGGACAAUGUGUGGUACAGCAGAAAGGCACUGACAAAAGCUAAAACUGAUAAAAUCUUGAAAAUUAUUAUGCAGGAAGUCAGAGGAGCUGUAAGGAAGACCAAGAAAUAG